UAUGGCGGAGGCCUCGAUUGGGAGGCAAAGCCCAAGGAUCGUGUCUUAUCCUGCACAUAACUUAUGUUCUGGGCGAUCCAAUCUUCAUACCACGGCAGUGGUGUCUAUGGGCUCAGCUGACCACCGAUUCAACCUGGCUGAGAUCCUGUCCCAGAACUACGGAGUACAGGAAAAAACGGAGGAGGCCGACGAGGAACCAGAUCACGCAGAGGAGAAAGGGAAGCCUUUGGAAGAGAUAGAGAAGAGUUUCAAUGCCGCCCAGAACAGUGAGAUGCCCUUUGAAGAGCUGCUGGCACUGUAUGGCUACGAGGCUUCUGACGCCAUCUCUGAGCAGGAGAGUGAGAGCAACGAUGCUACGCCCAACCUCCCAGACAUGACCCUGGAUAAGGAGCAGAUAGCAAAGGACCUACUUUCUGGAGAAGAAGAGGAGGAGACGCAGUCUUCGGCAGAUGACCUGACACCUUCGGUCACUUCUCACGAUGCAUCAGACCUCUUCCCCAAUCAGACCGGCGCUAAUUUCGUGGCAGACGGAGACAAGGCUCCUUGUUCCUCCCCUUGUGCUUCCUUCUCAGCUGAAGACUCCGAAGAAGAUUCCAUCGCUCCUAAUGACUGCAAGAAGGAGAUCAUGGUGGGACCUCAGUACCAGGCCGUGGUCCCCCUCUUGCACUUGAACCGGCAGGGCGAAAAAGUCUAUGAAAACGAUGACCAGUUGCUGUGGGACCCAAAUAUCCUUCCGGAGAGGGAGGUGGAAGAAUUCCUCUUCCGAGCCAUCAAGAGGAGAUGGGAGGAAGUCUCCAACGCCAGGCUCCCCGAUGGAGAGAUGGUGAAGGAUAACGAACAAGCCCUCUACGAAUUGGUGAAAUGUAACUUCAACGCAGAAGAAGCUUUGCGGCGACUCCGGUUCAACGUGAAGGUCAUUCGAGAUGAGCUCUGUGCCUGGAGCGAAGAAGAAUGCAGGAACUUUGAACAUGGAUUCCGGGUGCAUGGAAAAAACUUCCACCUUAUUCAAGCCAACAAGGUCCGGACCAGGUCGGUGGGUGAAUGCGUGGAAUACUAUUACAUAUGGAAGAAAUCGGAGCGGUACGACUACUUCACUCAACAGACGCGGUUUGGAAGGAAGAAGGAUUACGUGGAUAACUUUUUAGAUGGCGGGGAAGUGGAAAGCGCCAGCCGCGCGCGAAGCUCUCCGCCCAUUGCGUCAGCCGCUGGCUGCCUGGACUCCUGCUUCAACCCGGAUCAUUUAACAAUGGAGACCGCAGAGCCAUUGAGCAUUGAAAGCGCAGCCUGCAGCCUCGGCAGCACCAGCGAAUCCGGGCACGGCUACGAGUGCAGCACGCCUUCAGAAACAAACUGUUCCUUCGACCCCCCCGAGGAGGUGCCCCCCGCCAGCCGUGUCCCAAUGUACCUUCAGCACCCACCAAAUCCCUCCGAAGCCGGAUUCUAUCAGAUGGCUGCAACGGACAAGCAGGAGGAGCCCUUGCGGUGCUCGGGAGAAGCGAUUACCAUGGACUUCACCCCACUCCCCGAGAGCGUCACAGAAAGGUUACCUUUAAUUUCCAGCCACGCGGGACUGGAGGGAGUUCCAGAGACGUUGGAGGCUCCUGCGCAAGUGUCCUUAGCUGUCCCCGAUUUCAGCCUCCUGGGUCUUGGAGAAGUCGAUAGCCUUCUGACCACUCAACAACCCUGUCCGGCGCCCGUGGCCCAUUCAGACUCAGUGUCUCAGUGACAGCGGCCAUCAAGAGAUCCUUUGCAGGCCAGGAGCUGACUCGGAUUCUGGGGGAGACAAGAGACCGGAAAUCUUGGCUCGAUGAUUAUCUUUUCCUGGUCCUCGGUGACAAACCUGCUGCUCCUCCCCUUCCGAAAUCCGAGGAACACCGGUUCCCCGCCAGCCAGCCCUACCCCUGGCAGUUCCAGUGUCUCUCCGGCAAAACCAAACACCUCCGUCACUAUCUCCUGUGCAGCUAUCGCAGGAGCUGGCCGAAGGGAACUGUGGCCCCCAUGGGGUCAUCAUGGACGGGGACCCCCCCCCCUCAAAGCCAUGCGGGACAGACCGAGUCUUCCCCCACCCCAGCCCCACCCGCCGUCUCCACGCUCAGCCAAACCCCCCAGAUUGCCAGGGGAAGGCGCUUCGGCCCCAGAACGGACACUCUGCAGGGAGGGAGGGAGGCUGGCCGGCUGUGAGCACUUUGAAGAGGGAGGGGGCUGGACGGGAAUGGAAUGCAAGGUUUCCUGGAGCGCGGGAACUAGACGUAAAAAUGCAUCGGGUCCCUAAUCACCGGAGCAAAAUAGGGUAGAGAAUGCCUGAAUUUUAAGUUUCAUCAAUGACAGAAUUGGUACCUCUCCUAGUUCAGGUCUUUUCCGUACACCUAAUUCGAUGCGGGUGGGUGAGAGCGUCCGAGUGCAUUGCUACACAUGCACACAGGCGCACGUGCGUAUGCGGGACGACUUGUUGCCAAAUUUUGUGAUUGCACCCUGUGUUGUUAGAACGAGUGGAAACCCUGUUGGGUCGUGUUUUCUCCUCCCUGUGACCUCUAUCUGGUGAGGGGAUAGCUUCCUCAAAGUCAGAUGCAGUUUUGGGGCAGAAAACAGUCCAGAAGGGAGGGGGCACGUCUCUCCGAUCCUCAUGUUUCUCAACCCUGGCAACUUCAACUCCCAGAAUUCCCAAGCUGGCAUUUUGUGGACUUCAAGUCCCAGAAUUCCCCCAGACAGCCAUGCCGGCUGAGGAAUUCUGGGAGUUGAAGUCCACCCGUCUUAAAGUUGCCCUCGUUCAGGAACAUUGCCCUACAGGAAUUGCUUACAAAGUGUGUUUUUUUUUUUUCCCCCACUUCUGAUAAAAGUCACAUUUAGUGAAGAAUCCGUGCAAGUAGGGAGACAAAAGAGUAUGGAUUGGAAAAAAGAGGAAUUUGGCCUAGCAGCAUCUUUGGUUGGUAUUAAGUGCCCCCCCCUUUUGUCCUUGCCCAUCCCCCUUCACACACACCCCAAAAAAAGCAUACAUUCCACGUUUAGCAGAGUGAUUUCAGGCAAGGGAAAGUUUUUUGGCGGAGAACCCCACCCUCCGAUUUUAUUGUCUUUUAUUUUUGCUAGAGAGAGAUAUUUUUCACAACCUACUACUCCAUUCGCAGCAGUUCUAGCACUGCUGCUUCUUCGGUGUGCCAAACUGAGACUUGGAGGGUGGGUGAGGGGAGUGCGGAGAGGAGUAAGAGAGGGAAGGGGAGCACGGAGAGUUCUCUCUCCACCCUCCCACCCUUCCAAGCUUGGUUGUUUUGACCGCUCCGAAACGUUGGCAGGAUUAGCAAGGACAAAGACAGUGCCAUACUUCCAGCUCCCUUCUCCACGCUGUUCUUAGAUUGCAUUUCAGAUCCUUUCCUUUUAAAAAAUUUUUAAACCGUGAAGUCCCGAAGAGGGGGUAUUGCAUUUAUACUCUUAAAAGAGAACAUCCCCACCCCCACCCCAACUCCCCUCCCGAUUCAACGAGAUAAGAGACAGCCCAAGCUUUGCGUUCUUCCCAAUUUUAUAUAACUGGAGCCUUAGAACACGUAAAAAUGGAAAUGAACAGGAAAUGAGGACACCACCUUAUCCCGUAAUCCCCUACCUUGCUUCCAUCCAAUUACUCCAUCGUUUGUGGCAGGGGUGAAGUGCUUCCAGUUCGGACCGGUUCGGGUGAACCAGUAGUAAAAAAACGCUACCAGUUUGGGCGAAUCAGUAUUUCCGACGAUCAGCUGUGACGAGCGAUUUAUAUUAGCUAGAAUCGUCGGAUUUCCUGCUUUCUAGUUAAUCUAAAUCGCGUGGCAAAGCGGAUUCCCCUGCCCCCUCGCUGUCGGUAGCAGAUUCACCGAACCCGUAGCAGAUUCACCGAACCCGUAGCAGACUUCAGAGGAUUUCACCGCCGGUUUGUGGGCUGUUUCUGCCCUGGAUAUUUUGGUGGAAGCGAAAAUGGGUGCAGGAGGGAAAGCCAAAAGUUUUUAUUUUAUUUUUUUAAUCGUUCUGGAUCCAGUCACAGAGUUAAUCGUCCUUCAUCCUCCCCAGCUUCUUUUGAAGGGGAAGGUCAAUGGUUCUCUCAUGCCUCUCCCAUCACAGACCUUGGAGAGCCUCUCUGGAAAACAGAGAGCUUGCAGAAACCAGGCGCCAGGUCACAGGGAAGGAAAUGAAUUCCAAAAUGAAGCAGUGAUGACAAGAUGGGCUGGAUCUGCUUUUAGGGACCAGCGCUGGGUGGUGGACAGAGCGAAUCAAGCAGCGAUGCUUGGUUGGUUGAGCUGAGAAUUUGAUGUCCUGCAAUUAAGGGUUUCCUUGCAGCUUAGCGGGGAUGAAACCCCUUUUAGGACUGUCCGAGAAUUUUUUUUUCCCCUCUUCCUGUUCUUCGCAUUCAGUGCUCCUCUGGAUUCAGUGAACCCACACCCACCCACCCACCCCCAAAAAAAGACCUGGUUUCUGAUGAGUUUUAUCAUAGCAUUUGCAGCAAAACAAGAAUUCCACUCCUUUUUCUAACGAUCUAUAUUCUUUUCUUCCUUCUCACUCUCCCCCCCCCCGCCCGCCCGCCUUUCUCUUCCUCAUUUUAAUCCUUGAUUAUUCUGGGAUUCUGGAUUUCGUCACCCGCUAUGUCGCCCCAGACCGGUCAAUCUUCAACUCUCAGGGUUAACAUUUCUUCCAUGGGGCUUCACGUGUUCAAUCAUUGCUCUGGAUACCGUAAGGCGAAAAGCCCCCGCCGCCGCCCCCCUCCACACCCCGUUUUGAGCAUGCCUGUCCAUUCCUUUGCACGGGGCUGGGUCUGUCCUUUUGAGGAGCAUAAUACCGUCUUUUUCAGAGUAUAAGACACACUUUUUUUCCUCCCCAAAAGAGGCUGAAAAUUGGGGUGCGUCUUAUACACCGAAUGUAGCCCCACCGGCCCCCAUCCUUUGGCCUCUACCUCCCAGCAAUUUGCCUCCUUACAGCAAACAGCCCAUUUCAGCUUCAGCUUCAGCACAGCCUAUUUAGCACAAGCAGCUGAUUGUCGGUUGGAUCGGCCUCCCGGCGAUCAGCUGUUUCAGGCUGCAAGGAUUGCCAUAGCUUAUUGCCGCUUCUGCGCACCCCAUUUUCAGCCUCCGCCUCCCGUUUUCAGACUCCACCCCCAUUUUCCGCCCGUUCUGGGCGGCGGGAAUCAAAAUGGGUGGAAAAUGGGGUGCGAGGAGGCCAAAAAUGGGAUACGGAGGCCAAAAAUGGGGUGCGUGGAAAUGGCAAUAAGCUAUGGCAAUCCCUGCAGCCUGAAACAGCUGAUCGUCGGGAGUCCGAUCUAACUGACAAUCAGCUGCUUGUGCUGAUCAGGCUGUGACGAAGCUGAAACAGGCUGUUUGCUGCAAGGAGGCGAAUUGCUGGGAGGCAGAGGCAGAUUUUUUCCCCCCCUUGUUUUCCUCCCCAAACGCUAGGGAGCGUCUUAUACUUUGGAACAUCUUAUACUCUGAAAAAUAUGGUAACUUGAUUUCUUGGCAUGUCCAAUGCUUUCUGAAACGUUCCACAGGAUCACGUGUAAACCCACCCAGGACAAAACAAUGUAUUGGUACAUGAUUUCUCAGGUCACCCAAAAGAGUUCCACAUUCCCCCUUUUUAGACCAAUGUCCAGAAUGCUUUUCUUCUCUUGCUGCAUUCCUAGGUUCAACCAAUAGGGGGCAGAGGUUCUGCCGGCGGAUUUCCCCUGUUGGCAGAAAGUUGCAAUUGGCAACAGGAAGCUCUUGUGUGACCUUUGCCCUUCGCUGUAUUUUUGAGAAGGGUCUUGGGCCAUACAUGUUUGGGCCCUUCUUGAUGGAUGUAUUCCCCCUACCCCAAUCAAACGCCAUUAAUCCAGCGCCUCUCAACUCUGGCUACUUUGAAGUGUGGGACUACAACUCCCAGAAUUCCCCAGCCAGCAAAUCUGGCUGGGGAAUGCUGGGAGUUGAAGUCCACCUAUCUUAAAAGUUGCCAAAGUUAAGAAACACUUGAUUUAAUGGAAGCAGCCAUCAAUCCGUACAAUCCCCUUUGUUCAUAAUGCCCUUUCUCAAAAGAAUAUAUAUAUAUAUAUAUAUAAAUAUAAAUAUAAAUAUAAAUAUUUUGCUCCGAUGAAUCCUUUGAACAUCUUGUCCCCUCGCUUCCUUUGUAAUGGCCCUAUUUCAUUCCUUCUGUUUUAAUAUUUGAAAAUGUCUUAUUUAUACUACGAAUUUUCCAAGUUUGU